AUGCCGCCAGCUGAGCAGAGCACGUCGUCAGCACAAGAGACCCUUCAAUUAUCUGUAAGACAAGGUCCGUGGACAGCUUCGAGCUGGGGCCUGUGCCAUGCUGAGCUUGACAGCAUGCCAAAUGAGAUCUUGACACACAUUUUCAGCUAUCUGGACGUUUGUGAUUUACUCGCGACUUCUCGGGUAUGUAGAGAGCUUUUGUAUGCCAGUCAUCAUCUACGCACACUGUCGCUUCAGCCGAUACUGCACGCAUUGCGACUCCAGCAAGUACGGACGACGCUCCCGCCGCUCCUGACGUCUCCCUCGCGACCAACUCUCGCUGAGCUGAUUGCACGGCACAUCGUGCUCACCAACACCAUAGAGGCAUCCAGGCGCCUGGGCCGAAACUUGGUCGCCAUCCGCCUAUCACGACGCCUGCCCCACCGUCCUUCUGUAGAGUCGCUGGUGCAGCGCGGUGUCCUGCCACCAGAAUGUGUCGGCGGGUCUGUCAUUGCGCCGGGCCUCGUCGCACGCAAAAGAGCUGUGGAGAAGGAGAAGCUCAAGGACGGUCUCCGGAAAUGGGUUGGCGGAGUCUGGCGCGGCGAGGUACGCGAGAGAGGGGAAGGCGUCCGGCGGUGCGAUGAGAGAAUGGGCACCGGCCGGGUGUGGAGACUGCGUAGGUUUUGGGAACGUGUCGCUGGUGGUGAAAGCGUUGCAUGA